CCAGAGCAGCAGGGCCAGGCCAGGAAUCUGCUUUCUCUUCACAGUGCAGACAGGAUGGGGCCUGGAGGUGGCCAGCAGCAGCAGAGGAGACCCUUGGAAUUGGGGAUGGAUACCAGGCCUGCAAGGACUUCCUGGAACUAGCUGAGACACACAGCCGGAAAUGGCAGCGGGCACUGCAGUAUGAGCAAGAGCAGCGUGUCCACUUGGAGGAAACCAUUGAACAGUUGGCCAAGCAGCACAACAGCCUUGAGCGGGCCUUCCGCAGUGCUCCUGGCCGGCCCCCCAACCCCAACAAGAGCUUCAGCGAGGGAAGCCUCUUGACUUCCAAAGGAGAGGACAGUGAGGAAGAUGAAGAUACUGAGUACUUUGAUGCCAUGGAAGACUCCACAUCCUUCAUCACCGUGAUCACCCAGCCCAAGGAAGACAGAAAAGCUGAAGGUGGAACUGGAACAAGCUCAGUGGACUGGAGCUCAGACAAUGUGUUAGAUAGUGCCUCAUUUGUGUCCAAGGGUUCAUCCAAAGUCAAGAGACGUGUCCGUAUCCCUGACAAACCCAACUACAGCCUUAACCUCUGGAGCAUCAUGAAAAACUGCAUCGGCCGUGAGCUCUCCAAGAUCCCUAUGCCGGUGAACUUCAAUGAACCCCUAUCCAUGCUCCAGCGGCUGACUGAGGACUUGGAGUACCACCACCUUCUAGACAAGGCAGUGCAUUGCGCCAACUCAGUGGAGCAGAUGUGCCUAGUGGCUGCCUUCUCUGUGUCCUCCUACUCCACCACUGUGCACCGCAUCGCCAAGCCCUUCAACCCCAUGCUAGGGGAGACAUUUGAGUUGGAUCGCAUGGAGGAAAUGGGCCUGCGCUCCCUCUGUGAGCAGGUGAGCCACCACCCUCCCUCAGCUGCCCACUACGUGUUCUCCAAGCAUGGCUGGAGCCUCUGGCAAGAGAUCACCAUCGCCAGCAAGUUCCGGGGGAAAUACAUCUCUAUCAUGCCACUUGGUGCCAUCCACUUGGAAUUCCAGGCCAGUGGGAAUCACUAUGUGUGGAGGAAGAGCACCUCAACUGUGCACAAUAUCAUCGUGGGCAAGCUCUGGAUCGACCAGUCAGGGGAUAUCGAGAUUGUGAACCAUAAGACCAAUGAUCGGUGCCAGCUGAAGUUUGUUCCCUACAGCUACUUCUCCAAAGAGGCACCCCGAAAGGUGACCGGAGUGGUGAGUGACAGCCAGGGCAAGGCCCACUAUGUGCUGUCCGGCUCAUGGGAUGAGCAGAUGGAAUGCUCCAAGAUUGUGCACAGUAGUUCCAGCAGCUCCAGCUCUGAUGGGAAGCAGAAGACAGUAUAUCAGACUCUGCCAGCCAAACUGCUGUGGAAGAAGUACCCACUGCCGGAAAACGCAGAAAACAUGUACUACUUCUCGGAGCUGGCCCUAACCCUAAACGAGCUGGAGGAGGGCGUAGCGCCCACGGAUAGCCGCCUUCGGCCCGACCAGCGGCUGAUGGAGAAGGGGCGCUGGGACGAGGCCAACACUGAGAAGCAGCGGCUGGAAGAGAAGCAACGCUUGUCGCGGCGCAGGCGAAUGGAGUCCUGUAUGUCUGGCCAUGGCCAAGGCUGCACAAUAGAGGAAGAGAAGGAGUCAGACGGGUACAUGCCGCUGUGGUUCGAGAAGAGGCUGGACCCACUGACGGGGGAAACUGCCUGCAUAUACAAGGGUGGCUACUGGGAGGCCAAGGAGAGGCAAGACUGGCACAUGUGCCCCAACAUCUUCUGAGCGCCACCCUUGCAGCAAAUAUAGGCGCCUGCACAGCUGGGUCCACUUUUUUUUUAAUGCACUCAAUUUAGUACUGAAUAUAUCCCCACCCACCCACGCACUUCUUCCCCCUUUUUUUCCCUCUUAAACAAAAAAAAAAAAAACUUUUGGGGGACUCUCACCUUAGAAGGAGGAAGGGCUGACCGGGGUUCUCUCCAGCCCCUAGGUGCACCCAGUCACCCUUGCCCCUUCACCAUGGACUUGGACCCUAUGGGCACCCCAGUCCCCAGUUAUCACAACUCAGGCCGGCUGGCUGGGGCCAUGGCUGCCCAGGUCACCAGCCUCCAAUCCAGGGAGGUACUGGCCCUUCCUAGGGAACCUCUUUUGACUUUUUUAGAAAAGAAAAAAAAAUGAUCUACAUUUCUUUCCAGCCAUGAUGUUUAGUAAAUAUUUUUAGUACAGCAUUUAGCAGACAGCUUUCCAAGUGUGCUUUCUUGCCACAAAAUUGUCCAGGCAAGAAUUCCCUUUUUAAAGACAUCAGGAAGCCAGACCCCUUUGAGUUGGGAGAAUUUUGUAGCUAAACACAAUAUUUAUAUCUGAGAUGCCCACCCACUAGGAGCCCAGGGCCCAAAGACCAAGCAGAAAGGAGCCUGUCUAGGCCCAGCAGAGCACAAAGGGUCUCUUUCUGGAGCAACAACCCACAAUGGGGGAGAGGGGCCAUUGAGGGUAUCCCCCAUGUGGAUUGAGGGCAGCAGCCCCUUGCCUAGCCUUGACCAUGCUGGGGCAAGUGCCUACAACCAAAGAGGCCAGGAAGGGCUAGAAGGCAGGGCCCAUAGGUGCUCCCCACCCCCAAGAACCAGGCCCCAAAUCAGCAAUAAUGAACAGACCCCCAUUCAGCAUGGGCUGGUGACCUGGGCAUGAGAGACCUGGCACUCUUCCUCAGAUGGCUCAGGGGGUGCCCCAUCUCUGCUCCCCCUGAUUCUUUAUUUGCCUAAUUUAUAUAUAUGAUAUAUAAAUAUAUAUAUAAUAGCUAUUUUGCUUAAAUUUCUAUGGUAUAUAAAAGUGAAAAAUGAUGAAGACAGGGUAUACCUGUCUGAGUUUGGCUUCCUGUCAGCUGUGCCCUGCCCUCUCCUCCUAUCCCUUCCAGCAGCUUCUGCCAACCUUGAGGCACUGGACCACUGUGACUUCAGUCCCAGACCUCAGAACCCCCCAUUCCAAUCCUCCCCACUUCAGUUUGGUCCUGAAAAUUCAUUGCGGGGGUUUUUCUUUCUACUACAGGACUGGUUUUGGUUUUAUAUAAAAACAACAACAACAACAAAAAAAAAAACAGAAGUGAAAUCACCAACGUGUGAAAUGCCUUAUGAUGUCCACUCCAGAGGCAAGGCAGGGUGGGGUAGCCUCUUGGGCCUCCCCUCAGAGCUGUGGAUGUACCUCUUCUCAACACUUUGUAAGCACCUUUU